AACGGUUUCUGGUUUGGCCUGGGUCUCUGCCUGGUCCUCUUCAUCCCUGGCAUCGUCUUCUCCGUGAAGCUGAUCAACCUCUACCGCAAAACCGAGAAAUACAGCCCUGACUACGAGGAACCCCGCUUCCACCGCUGGCGUGAUUUGAACGGAUGGAUCGAUAGAAUACUGCUGGGAGAGGUGUCGAAGUCUGUCGACACAGCCGUAGGGGAUCUCUUAAAUGAAGACACGCCUGCCGAGGUAAACGUUGACGGAACCACCCCGCAUCCGCGUCUACUGCUGAGCUUUCUCGAUGAGGGUAUGGGAGGCCAACACGUAAGUGGGUGCUCUUCACCACCACCUCUACCAUCAUCAUCUCGCAUAACGCACGCUCCCUCAAGCCUCUUUUCACCCACAACCUCAGCCCUUCUCUGCGUGUCGCUGCUCUCUGGAGUGAUGACCUUGAGUCUGUUCGGCGCGACUACCGCCAAAUCAAUUGUCGCGACAGGCGAAAACGCUUUCUGCCGCAACUCGGCCAGCGAAUGCUCCUACAACCAUUUUCUCUUUUCCUUUCUUUUCAGAAAACAUCGAUUGAGGAAGGGCAAAUCAGACCAAAUUAACGCCAAGGGCGACAGCAGUGCCUACGGUUUUAGCCACCGACACGGUCCAACUAAUUCCAGUUAUCAGCCCGUUUCUGUCUACCCCUAUGACGCUUACGAAUGA